CUUCUUGGUGCUCCUUUCAGCGUCAGUACGGUAACCUACAGCCGCAGUCAGUCGCUUGUUUUCUUCUCUGCUGCACCGUCGCACUACACUGAUUCCACCUCAUUACCUGGAAAAACUAGUUAUUCUGCUCCAGCUGAAGCUCUUCUCUGUAAAGGAGAUCAUCAGGAAUAGACAUCCACAACAGGCUGCUGGGCCUCAUUCCUGCUGCGGAUCAUUCGAAGAUUUUACACGGAAUUACCUGCAGAGCUGAAUCUGCUGAAGUCUGGGUUCAUGCCGGAUUUCGAGCACUUCAGAUUUUCCUACUCGAGCAUGAAUCCGGUCCUGGGGGAGAACGGCCUCCUGGCUCCGCAGCAGCAUCACCACCAGAUGACGGGCCAAGCCGACUCCGCCAUCCCGGAGCCGGGAUACUUCCUGGGGGAGCACGGCGGCUUCGGGCCGGACGGUUUGUCCGGGUUGGAUCUGGGCGCGCUGCCGCCGUCCGGCCUCGCCUACCUGCACCUGAGCAGCCCCCUGCACCGGGUCCCACCGGCGGCCACGGCGCUGCGCAACGACCUGGGGUCCAACAUCAGCGUGCUGAAGACCCUGAACCUGCGCUUCCGCUGCUUCCUGGCCAAAGUUCACGAGCUGGAGCGCAGGAACAAGGUGCUGGAGAAGCAGCUGCAGCAGGCCCUGGAGGACAACAGCGGAGGGGAUCCGCACCAGAAGCCGCUGACCAAAGACAUGGGGGUCCAGACCGGAUUCAUCGGUCCCAUCCCACCCAGACCGGGCUACAUUCCGCUCCAAAACGCCAACAACCCGGCCUACCUGCCCGGCGGCCUCCUCUCUCCCACCCUCAACCCUCCUCCUCUGUUCGACAACAAACACCUGCUGGGGAACAACCUGAACACGGACUCCAACUCCAACCUGACCACCAGCCCUGCUCUCAGUCCCAGCGACCCGACCAGAACCAUCAGCAACAUCAACGAGAAGCUCUCCGCUCACACCGGAACCGGCACCAGCACCGGGCCUCCUCCUCCUCCGCGCUUCCUCCCCGGAACCAUCUGGUCCUUCAACCACACCCGGAGGUUCGGCACCGGCAGGGAGUCGUGCGUCACGGGGCCCGGAGUGUCCUGGACGCACCCGGACGGUGUCGGAGUCCAGAUCGACACCAUCACACCGGAGAUCAGGGCGCUGUACAACGUACUGGCCAAGGUGAAGAGAGAGAGGGACGAGUACAAGAGGAGAUGGGAAGAAGAAUACACAGCCAGGAUGGACCUGCAGGAGAAGGUGGCUGAACUUGAAGAGGACUUGCAGGAGAGCGAGGUGUGUCAGGAUGAACUGGCUCUGAGGGUGAAGCAGCUGAAGGCAGAACUGGUCCUGUUUAAAGGACUCGUCAGCAACAACCGCUCAGACUUGGACAGUAAGAUCCAGGAGAAGGCCAUGAAGGUUGACAUGGACAUCUGCCGCCGCAUCGACAUCACGGCCCGGCUCUGUGACGUGGCCCAGCAGAGGAACUGUGAGGACAUGAUCAACAUCUUCCAGCAGGUUCCCACACCGCCUUCCACUCUGAGCCGCCGCGCCAGGAAGCGAAGCGGCCAAUCGCCGAAGCCCGGGGACGGAGACGAACUGAGCAUGUCUGAGAGCGAGGGAGGCGGUGCCAGAGAUGAAGAGUCGUGCAGCUCAUCAACCAAUCCGAUCAAUGAACAGAUGCAGAGGGUGCUGAAUCAGCUGAGAGAGAGUGAGUUUGAGGAUGACUGCGACAGUCUGGCCUGGGAGGAAACUGAAGAAACUCUGCUGCUGUGGGAAGAUUUUCCUGGAUGCACACUGGGAGUGGAGACACAAGGAGAGCUCCAGGAGGAGUCCAUUGAGGAUGUGAUUAAGGACACAGAGUCGCUGUUUAAGUCCAGGGAGAGGGAGUACCAGGACACCAUUGACCAGAUAGAGCUGGAACUGGCCACUGCCAAGAGUGACAUGAAUCGCCAUCUGCAUGAGUACAUGGAGAUGUGUUCCAUGAAGAGAGGCCUGGAUGUCCAGAUGGAGACCUGCAGGAGACUCAUUAGUCAGAGUGGAGACAGGAAAUCCACAACUCUCAUGGCUGACUUGGACACAGACAAGAAGCUGGCCUUACCUCCACAAUAGUGAUCCCAGAUGCUGCAAUUCUGUUGUAAAAAUUAAAUGUUUUUUUUUUUUAUUGCAUAUACAUCAAUGACAGAUGAAAAAAAAAAAAAAAAGCUGCUGUUAAAACAUCAGCUGCAUUGAACAGCAAUAAUAUGAAACUGCUACCUUCCUGUGCUUUCCAGCUACAUUAACAAACAAUACAUUUUACAAGAACUUUCCUGUUGACUUUGAGGAUAAAUGUUCUGCACACCAGGGAAUCUAUUAAAGGAACAGAGGAAAUGAUUACUUUACACUUAAUAUUACACAGUAAACUACUAAGUAGAGGAGGCAAAGGCCAAACAAGAGGCUUAUGAUGACUUUUAUGCUAGGUUGGACAGUAAGGAGGGACAGACUGACCUGUAUAGGUUGGCAAAAUGGAGAUAGGAAGGACAUGCAGCAGGUUAGGGUGAUAAAGGGUGGAAGUGUGCCAAAAAUAGUACUUUAAAGAGUUGAUGAAUGAGGAAAAUGAGAGAGAACAAAGAGUAGAAGAGGUGACUGUUGUGGACCAGGAAGUAGUAAGGAUGAAGUGAAGAGGGCAUUGAAGAGUGGAAAGGCACUUGGUCCUGAUGAUACCUGUGGAGGUGUGAUAGACAGCAGUCUCCAUGGACUGUGAUGCUUGCAUAUGACAUUGUGAUCCGUAUUGGGAACAAGUGAUUUGAUCUGGAAAGGAGAGGAAUGAAGGUUAGACAGAGUAUCUGUGUGAGGUUACAGGGACAAGAGAUCAAGAAGAUGGUGGAUUUUAAGUACUUAGGGUCAACAGUCCAAAGCAAUGGACAGUGAAGUCAAGUGUGAUAGUUUCAGCUAAAAUGAAAAGUUUACAAAACUGUGGUGAGACCAGCCAUGUUGUUUGGUCUGGAGACGGUGUCCCUGAGGAAAAGACAGGAGGCAGAGCUGGCAGUUCUCUUUGGAAGGUUUAUGGAUGUGGUUAAAGAGGACAUGAAGGCAGUUGGUGAGAGAACAGGACGCAGAAGAGAGGGUUAGAUGGAGGCAAUUGAUUCACUGUGGCGACCCGUAAAAGGAAAAGCUUACACAGUGAACUACUGUUCAAUUUGCACAUUAUGGGAAGCUUUAAAUCCUAAAAUAUGACCCAAUUAAAGAAAACUUCAAAUAUUAAAGCCCUACUUGCCUUAAACUGAUGUCCAAAUUUUUUAAACACAACAACAUUUUUUUGUCUCUAUCCAAACAUUGCCACACUUACAACUUAGCUUCAUAUUUAUUUGGACUAAAUAUGACUGCUUUGUAAAACAUAAUUACAUCAAUAUUUCUUCUACAGGAUAAAAACUCUACCAAAAUUUGCAGACAUUUUUCAAAACUAACUGAAAUCAGGUGAACUCUAUCUUUUGGAAAACACAUUUUAAAAUUGAAAAUAUAGAAAAUUAUUUACUUAUUCAAAAAUACCUAAGUAUGUAUUAAGGUUGAGAAAAUUCAAUAUAACUAAGAUAACUCUGACUAAACUGACACUGUAAACUUUUACAACUCUAUUAAACACAGAUAAUCUAAAAACACCAUGGAGAGGAGGUGAUUUUGAUUAUAACUUAGGACUUAAGUAUGAAAUUUUGUGACUCCAUGUCUAAUCAAUGCCAUGCAACUGACCUCAUUUGCUUCUUCUGUGACUUUCAAAACAUUUUUAAUUUACAAAACUCUAAAUGUAUUUUAAGAAAUCUUUGUCCUGUAAAAUGUACAGUUUGUAAAAGAUAAAAACACUGCAUCAAAUGUACAUAAUACUGCUUUGUAUAAUGCUUAACUGUUAAUGCUGUAACAAGUCUUAGGAUGUAAAUUUAGCUGAUAUUAAAGCUAAUUAACAUUUGAUUUUAAAAUGUCUAUUUUUUGCAGCAGUGCUGUUAAUAAGAGUUGAACUAGACCUAUUAGUAGUGUCAGGCAGCAUCAUUGACAUUAUUUUAUAGCAAAUACACCCCCAGAAAUGAUUAAAAUCAUAGGGUUUGAAGUCUGCAUCAGGAUUUAAAAUCUAUUUUAUGCUGAUUUUACUGUUGCUGCAGUGCUUUUUUUUUUUUCAAUUUAAGGUUCACUAAUUCAAACAUCAUCACAUCUUUCAUUAGAUGAAUGUCUGAUUGUUCAGUAACCUGCCAGAAAACAAACCCAUUCAAAGGAAACAUUUCUUUUCAGUCCUGUAGUUUUCUUCCCUGACCACAUUCACAUUUUGGGUCAAAACAUAGUAACUGCAAGCGUGCAAUAGACUUAAGCAAAGUAGGAAAACAUCACUCACCACAGAUGCUGCUUUCACUGAAAUGUCCGUAUCUGCAUCAUCCAACUGUACAUAGAAUCUGUGAACACAAAAGAAAAAAAUGACCUCAUGAAACACAAAUUACAGCUCAGAAAAAAAAAAAAAACAUACAUUAACUGCAAAUUGAAUCCCCAACAGUAAAGACUCCUGAAUGUGUGAGCGAAAUGCCAGUAAACUGAAGCUGCUGUGAUGUCUGAUGCAGGGUGUUUGUUCAAUGGGAUCUUUAGCUUUUGGUGUGCUGAGCUGUAUGUUUGACAACUUUACUGAAUAAACAUGAAAAAUGCACUAAAUAAAUGAUAUAAAAAGA